CAAGGCGCUAGGCUUGAUUUGUAUACAGAUUUGUUUGUUAUUUUUCUAGUAUUCGUCAAAAAAAUGGAUGAACGCAACUUGAAACGCACGACUUCCUAUGACAGAGUGAUGCCCCGCGUGUACAAUAGAUCACAUCCAAGUGCUAAGGCUAAUUCAAAAGUAACGCGCCACGAAACUUCUUCCUCACGGAUUGGCGCGAAAGCGAGUUCUUCAAACUUAAGUUCUAGUGUUUUUAGGGAGUUACCUUUAGUUUUAAGUGGUUAUGAGCCUGAGAAGCCUAUAGAUAGGCCUAAAGCUCCCAAAUAUGUUAUUAAACCGAGGAGAACUGUUAAGUCGCAGGACCCGGGAAAAUCUCCUCUAGUGCCUGGUAGAAAUCGUCAGGGAAGUGAAAAUAAUCGUGAUAUUCGCGUUCGUAGCUCUGCUCCUUGUGUAACAGACUUUGAGCCUGGGGGCUGGUCGGACUCUCAUUUUAGGCAGUGUUAUUCCAGUAGGUCUCAUACAAGACUAAAAGAAUUGAAGGAUGAGAUAAAAGCAUUUCAAAAGACGGAGAAGCUCAUGCAACUGAGGAGUCACCUGUAUAAGAAGUGUGGUGUGGUAUUGGACGAUGUGGGGCAGGUGGCUGAGCACAAGGCUGUGCAGGUGCAGGAAGCAGAUAAUGCUUCAGGAGAUGACAUAAGAACGGAGCGGAGAGAGGAUGCCCGAGCCGCUGUGUCUGACCAACAGAUGAGACCCGCAGUCGCACCCUACCCAGUCGAUCGAUAUUUGGUUGAGAGCAGAAAACAAUUUGAUAUGGUUAACAUUAUAGACGACGACAUUUGGAAUCCAGAGCCGGCGCUAAGGCCCGAAGAUGAAAUACUCUUGAGAAAACUACAUGACAUGCUGCAAACCACAGCGGAAGACUUGAAGCUGCUCUCCGGGGAACUGUCCAAACAUCAUGAGCCAGGAGUGCAAGUGAAAACGUUGCCGAUGCCUUUGGACGAAGAGUUUAAUGAGAAGGUUCACAUAGAAGAAGUUGUAAACGCCAAGUUUAAUGGGAAUAAAAUAGUUGACAGAACUCAUCCAGCACCUGUACCACAAAAAGAAUCAAUUGAAAGCACUUUACGAUCUGUAAAAGAUAUGAUUAACAAAAAGAAUGACAUACAUACUAGUGGUCGAAUAAGUAAUUUGUCGACGCUCACAAAACAACCAAUGAAGAAAAAGUUACAAAUUUCACGCACAAACAUAUUGGAAAUAAGAGAACACUCUGGCGAUGAGAAACAUACAAAAAAGCAUGCCCAACUAAAUAUACAAGAAAGUAAAUAUGGUGCUAGCCCUGCUGUGGCUUACAAUGAGGUUUCUCACCAAUACAUCCAGCCCAAUAUUAAGAAAACACCGCAAAAAUCAUUAAACAUUCAAGAAAUGCCCAGCAUCAACAUUAGAAGUGAAUUGAGAUUGCAAACUGUGUUGCAGCUUGACAUUUUACCCGACAGUAAAGAAACGCAUACUCAACAACCAGUACAACAAAAUGCUCUAGUAAUUGAAAUGCACCAUGAACCUCCGUUAAAACUAGAUGAUGCUAAGCCAAUAAAAUUCGAUAAUAGUCAGUAUAUACCAUUAGCUGCGAUCAAUAGACCGACCACAAGGAAAGUCUCAACUAUGACGGCAUAUGAAAGUAGUGAGUCUAAUAAUAUUAGUUCUGAUUCUCAACACAGAUUACAAAGACAGAUGCGUAAUAUUACUACCACCUUUAAAUCAACCGCACUCAAACAGACAGUCGUACCGAACACACAAAAGAAUAAUACUGUUAAAAAAGUCACAAGUCGUCCUCAAGCUUAUCUAGAGGAAUGGAGGCGAAAGUUAAACACAGUAUAUGGUAGGCCAUCUAAUUCUAAAACAACUGAUGUAAGGAAAAAGAAAGUCUCUUACAAAAACGCAAGUAACAAAUCUGCUGUUACAGCUAAAAUGAAAGAAAACAAUGAACAAAGAGUUCAAAAUCAACCAAAACCUGGCUUAAAUAAUACAGAGUACAUACCUUAUUCAAAAUUAACAUUAGGAGGAGUCAAUGUAAGUGACAUCGAAAAAGAAAUAUCAAAUAUACCAAACAAAAACAACAUUGUAUUAAGUCCUAUCUUGGAUAAAAUUUUAAGCAGUCGCGAAAAUUCUUUUCAUAACGACAGUCCAAAGAAAAACUCACAAAGCAAAGAAUCCAAAAUUUUUACAACGUCUGAUGAAAAUUUAUUACAAGAAGUUUUAGAUAUUGAAAUGAAAGUUGCAAAAACAUUAAAUAUCAAUAGAAAUACGAACAAAACCGCAGAAAAAAAUGAAAACAAUAUAAACGACAGCAGAAAAGAUGACAGUUAUGCAGAUGAUUUCGAAGAUGAAAAAUCAGAUGCAUCAGAACAAUCAAAACCGAGUAAGUCAGAAACAUCAAAAUCAUCACAUAACUUACCUUCAGACAAUUCCUGUCAAGAGGAAUCCGAUAGGCCUGUCGUCGUGACUGAGGAGAAAGAUAAAAUUAAUAAAAACAGCAAAAGUGAUAGCAAUUUGACUUUCACUAAAGUACCAAGUUUAUCAUUUAAGAACAAAGUGGAUGUAUUUGAAUUUGUUCAUUCAAUAGACACACAAGAAACUGGUACACAGAGUAAUACCUCGAAGAGAAUAACUCCAAAGGAGACACAAACUUCCCCGAGGGGUGACAGACCUAAUGUACAACCAAUCCACAAUGACCUCUGGCCAUCGAUCGAUCCGAGAGGAGAGGUAGAAAAGAUGCUUAAACUAGAAAAAGAAUUUAUUAAGAAGCUGAUUAUAGACGAGUACGGCGAUUUAUUGGAGAAGAGUUUAAACAAGCCGUCUACAUCGGGGACAGCUGAAAAUGCUAUUACUGAAAAAAACGUGGCUGCUUCUCAGAAAAUCACACAAACUUCACCCGCUCACGUAAAAAGUGUCAUGACAUCACCUACUAGAACUAAAACAAGAACCACUUCACCUUUCGCCUUAUCAGUGAGUGUCUAUCAACAAACUAGUCCUGUUGCCGCCGUCGUAAACGAAGAAUCGAAUAUUGAAUUAGAAAAUGACGAUGAUCUCGGAAUCUCCGCAAACUUAUCGUCGCCGCGAUUCAGUUUGCGACUUCCACAAACGUCACGCGAGGUGCUUUCUAAAUUGGAAACUAAAGUACAAAACAAUAAACAACCAGCGAAAUUCGACAACUUACGCAAAAAUAUAUUCAGCAGCUCAAGUUCCGUUGACGGCGAUUAUUCGUCGUCUGAUAUAAGUAGUUUAGGGGAAAUAAAUAAAAAAUUCAAGAGGCUUAGAAAGAGUAGAAUCCCGUCUAUUUCCGAAAUAAGUUCCUCGACAUCGCUAUCCAAGUAUGGCUCGGAUCCUUCAGGUGCUAUACUCCCGUUGAGGAGUGAGGGAGAGGCUAGCAUGGGGCAGAUGAACAGGAAAAAGACAAAUAAACAUAGUAAAAGUGAAGGAGAAGUAAGCUUAGGACAACUGCGUUAAAUGUUUUCAUGUUGAAUAUUUAGUAGUUAACUACAUAACUGUACAGUGCCCCUAGUGCGAGAUUUUGUCGUUUUCGAAAUCGAAAUCCGUAAAUGAUUUCCUCAAUAUAUUUACAGCCAGUACCUCGAGCGAAAACUUUGUGAGUAAAUAGUAAUCGAUAAAUACUAUCGAAACUUACAGAACUCGGACUAGGGGUAUUGCACUUGCUUUGUGCCUUAAAAGGAGCAAUUUGCAUUGCUGCUGUAACUAAAGAGGAACAAUUUUAUAAUAAGAUGGUAAUACAAAUAAUAACCAUUACAAGAUGGUACACAAAGGUAGGUGGUACCUACACUAAUGCACAAAUCCAUUAGUCUUAGACAUGCUAUUUUAUUGUUGGCAUUAUAAUUUCCCAAACCGUUGGCCUGAUUUUAAGUGGUGAAUUAUUUUGAAGAUUCAAAAGCACUUAUAAAAAUUUACUUGAAUAAAAAUAUAUUCUAUUUCUCUUUGUUUUGCCGUGGUCAGUACCUACAGUAAUACUUUUAAUGAAAAAUUAUUAUUACUGAAAUUGAUUUAUCCCUUUAUUAUUGAAAUUACUUAUUCCUUUGGUGUUUGUUACUUUUUCUGCUACACAACAUGUCAUAAAACCUUAGGUAGAAUAUAAGCUUGAAAAAUUGGCUCCUUAGUACUUCUUCGUUCUAAUGGUAGCAACGCAAAUAUGCCCAGUACCCUCAGUUAGGUACAUUAGUAUAAGUUCACACAUUUCGACAACGUUGUGUCGAUAGAUAGUAUCGAAAUACAUUACAGAAAAGUUGAGCCCUUGUUUUAAUUUUUAAAUUUGUAUAUUCAGUACUAGGAGACUGGAGUAGAUGUAUGGACAAAGUCGAUCCUUGAAACAAGGAAAAGGUCGAUUUUAUUUUGACAUUUGUGGCUAAUAUUGACAAUCUUUAAACUAAAUUGAUAUUUAGAUCUAAUAAUGUAGUGCUCUUUUUCCAUGGGGAGGAUAUGAAAUGAUACAUUGACUUUUAAUUUUUUUGUAAAUUAACAGAAUUAAUACUGAAAUCUUUCAACUUUGUCGAGAUGUGCAAGCUAGUACUAAACCCAAAGUUAACAAUGAGUUUUAACUUUAUAUAAAUAGUUUAUUUAUUGCUAAGCAAAUUAAGUGUCGCCAGUCAGUUGUUUAUUUUACCUCAAGUACAAAUCGACAAUCGCAAUUUUACUUGUGAUAUAUUUUUUAACUUAAACUUAAGCAUAAUUUAGCAAAGUACAUAAUAAAUAAUAGUUAUAUUAGUUUGUGCGCCAUUUAAUUAAUUUUGUUAUAAGUAAGGUUUUGCAUUAUGACUGAGUAAAUCAUAUUUUGAGAUUUUUGUCUUGAA